AUGGAUUCAUAUCCUCACGAAAAGCCCGGCCUUGAUGUCGACAUUGAGGCCGAUGCCGAAACCGUCAAGAAUGACGACCCUAUGGAUCGAAACACCCGAAUUACCUUCCCUGACGAUAUUAACGAUGCGGAGGGAACACGUUCGAUUUACCAGCCGCCCCAGCUUGGACGUACCUACUCUCGGGGCGCUGAUACCAUCCGCAGCACUCGGAGUGGGAAUUUGCCAGGUGGUGGCAAUGCUGGAAUCCCAAUCGAAUUCCGCACACUCUCCAUUCAGAUCUCCGAAUCCCAGACUCGCCCAAAAGAGGUUGAAGUUGAGAUAGCCAAGGAAAAGGUGCCGAAUCAAGAUUACUUCGAAAGCUUGAAUUUCCACACAAUUCCACAGGAUAAGGUCUGUCAGGAGUUCAAUGUCGACCAGCGUGUUGGUCUCAGUGUCGAUUCAGCUGCACAGCGCCUGCAGCGCGAUGGAAAAAACGUCAUCGCUCAAACCCGUGAGAACUACUUCAAGAAGAUCUUCUUCUAUGUCUUUGGUGGUUUCUGCUCCAUCCUGUGGGUCGGUGUGAUUAUCUUCUUCAUCUGCUGGAAGCCUCUCAGUAACCCACCGUCUCCAACAAAUCUUGCAAUGGCUGUCCUUAUCAUCAUCGUGAUUGCCCUCCAGGCUACUUUCUCCGCCUUUCAGGACUGGUCGACCAAGAAGGUCAUGAACUCGAUUUUGAAUCUCCUUCCAUCAGAAGCCCUGGUCCUGCGCGACGGAAAGCAACUGCGGAUUUCUGCUACCGACUUGGUGGCGGGCGAUAUUGUGCAGAUCAGUGUCGGAAACAAGGUCCCUGCCGAUAUGCGUUUGCUGCAAACUUCUGGAGAUAUUCGAUUUGAUCGGGCAAUUCUCACCGGCGAGUCAGAUGAGAUUGAUGGUGCUACCGAGUCGACCGAUGCCAAUUUCCUCGAAACUCGAAACAUCGCACUGAUGGGAACCCUGGUCACCAACGGAAAUGCCACUGGUAUUGUGUUGCUGACAGGCAGUCGGUCCGUGAUGGGCCGCAUUGCGAAAAUGACAUCCGGUGUUAAGCAGAAGCCGACUCUGAUUCAAAAGGAGAUCACCCGUUUUGUCACCAUUAUCGUCAUCAUGACUGUCUGCCUUGCUGCGCUCAUUCUAUUCACCUGGCUAGGAUGGUUGCACAAAGAUCAUCCUGGAUACAUGAGUGUGGUCGCUAUGCUGAAUAAUGUUAUGGGAUGUGUGGUAGCUUUCAUUCCCGAGGGUGUGCCCGUCGGCGUCGCAUUGACACUGAUGAUGGUUGCGCGUCGCAUGAAGCAGACAAACAUUUUGCCCAAAGGGCUUGCGACCGUGGAGACCUUGGGGUGCGUGAAUGUGAUUUGUUCCGACAAAACUGGAACUCUCACGCAAAACCGCAUGUUUGUCAAGUCCCUUGGCAUGGUGGACUGGGAAUUCGACAUGAAUGACCUGGUGCCUGGCAUGGAUGCCUCGGAGGGGCUGAAAAAUCUGCUGCGCGCAUCAGUCUUGUGCAACGAUGCUACUUUCGACUCUGAAACCAUCCAUUUACCAGUCUGGGAGCGUGCCGUCAAUGGAAAUGCCACGGAUGCUGCUGUGCUGCGACUUGCGCACAGUGUGGGUGCUGCCACAGCAAAGAAUCUAGAGCCAUUUGCGCGUGUGCACCAAAUUCCCUUCAAUUCAAAGAAUAAGUGGAUGCUCACCAUGCACCAAAAUCCAGAUUCUUCCACUGAAUACAUGAUCUACGUCAAAGGUGCUCCCGAUGUCCUGCUCGGUCGCUGCUCCACCUACUGGUCCGCAGUCAACAAUGCCGUCCGCCCACUAGAUGCACAUGCCAGACAGAAGCUUUCUGACUUUCAGGCUAAGCUCUCUCGCCGCGCCGAGCGUGUAAUUAUCCUCUGUCAGCGCCACUACACUCCAGUUCACCCGCUUGGAUCCAAUGGAUUUAGUGACGAAAUUCUUGAAUCUGGUGUUCAGGAUCUGACUGUCAUUGGAAUCUUCGGUAUCAUCGACCCCCCUCGACCAGAAACAGCUCAGACCGUGGCCGCAUGCCGACGCGCAGGUAUUCGAUUCUUCAUGGUCACUGGUGACUUUGGAUUGACCGCUGCGGCAAUCGCUCGCGAUAUUGGUAUUUUUGAGGGUGACGUCGAGCCCGAUACAAUUGAUGAUCUUCGUGAUGGCUUUCCAUCCGAGGACUCCACACACUCGAGGCGCAGCUUGCUUCUCGAGGGCAGUAGCCUUUCAUCCUUGAAUCCGGGAGAGUGGGCCACUGUUUGCGAUUAUGAAGAGAUUGUCUUUGCUCGUACCAGCCCCGAACAGAAGCUCCGUAUUGUGUCAGAGCUUCAGGCAAAGGGAAACUACGUCGCCGUCACUGGUGAUGGUGUCAAUGAUGCGCCUGCUUUGCGUGCUGCAGAUGUCGGCAUCGCUAUCGGUUCCGGUAGUGAUGUUGCCAUUGAGGCAGCUGAUCUUGUCCUGCUUGACAAAUUUGAUUCCAUCAUCGAAGCUGUUCGUCUGGGUCGCUUAGUCUUUCAGAACCUCCAAAAGGUCAUCGCCUACCUGCUACCCGCUGGCAGUUGGUCCGAAAUUUGGCCUGUCGUUAUGAAUGUGUUCUUCGGAUGUCCCUCGCCACUGAGCUCCUUCUUGAUGAUCAUUAUUUGUGUUUUCACCGAUCUGUUCCUCUCCUUGUCCCUGAUCAUGGAAAAGGAGGAGUUUGAUUUGCUCAGCAUCCCCCCUCGUAACCCCAAAGAGGACCACCUGAUCAACUUGCGGAUUUACGGCCAGUCAUACCUGUUUGUCGGUAUCAUGGAAACUAUCAGCGCCCAUGCAAUGUUCUUCUUUUACAUGUACAAGGCCGCGGGUAUUCCGUUCCAUGACCUCAUCUUCGCCUUCGAGAAGUAUUCUGAUGGAUUCCACGGAUACACACAGGACGAGCUGGACCACUUCAACUAUGUCGGUCAAUGUGUCUACUUUGUCACUCUGGUCAUCAUGCAAUGGGGAAAUAUCCUAGCCGUUCGCAGCAAGCGCAUGUCAAUUCUUCAGGCAGACCCCAUUCGCCCUGCUCGUCGCAACCCAUGGCUUCCUCUGGCGGCGGUUAUCUCUCUUGUCAUUGCCAUUUUCGUCACCGAGGUCCCUGGUAUCCAGUCACUGUUUCAAACCGCCUCUGUUCCCAUCGAGUUCUGGCUCAUCCCGCUUGGUCUGGCACUGGGGGUUCUCCUUGCGGAUGAGCUGCGCAAGGUGCUUGUGCGGAUGUUCCCCAAAGGUCCAGUUGCGUGGGUGUCAUGGUAG